CUGUAAAGUGCUUUCAUGCGAAGCAAGUCAAUGUAAGUCAUGGAAAGACCAAUUUCCAAAUCAUCUGUUCACAGAAGGCCUAUCUAAAGGUUGCUUCACAUUAUGUCAGAUGAAGUCAAUGUUUUUAUGGAUCCAUUCCUAAACGUCUACACAAACGCUGGGGAGAUAGCAGUAGCAGAUAGACUUACUGAAUCAUUUCAUAAGGAUAUUGUACUGAGAGAGCAACAGAGAAACAAAGAAUUAUUUGAGCCGGUGAGAGUCAUUCAAUCAAAACUUUAUAAAGCUAUGGAAAGAGCAAAACCCAAACUAAAUAUUUCUCUUCAGAUGAGAAAUGAAGAGACUUUGGGUAUGUGUAAACCAAAGAGUUACAUGCUGAUAGAACCUGUAAAAGAAAAAGACCCUGAAUGUCUGAAGAAGGACAUUUUAGAAGAGCAGCAUGAUGCUAGAUUGGAAAAUGUAAAAUCGAAUGAGCCUAACCCCACUGAGGCCCAACAAUAUAAUGAUACAUUGAAGACAAUGGAGGACAAGGAGAAUAUCGAGACAGAUCAGCCAAACAAUACUGAGGAGAAGAAAUAUAUCAACACAAAGCCUGAAGAACAUGCAUAUGACAAUGUGUAUGAGGAUCCCGAUCUCCUCACUAACUAUAGUUCAGCUGGUUACGCUCAUAAAACAGAACAACAUUUGAGGGAGAAAUUCAAAUGUCUAGACAAUGUCACGCUUCAUAUUGCUGUCACAGGAUCAACUGGAGCAGGAAAAUCCAGCUUUAUCAAUGCAAUAAGAGGUCUUAAAUAUGACGACAAAAACGCAGCUCCAACGGGUGUGACCGAAACCACAAUGUUGCCUACUAUGUAUGAACAUCCAACAAUGCCAAAUGUAAAAUUUUGGGACCUGCCAGGAACCGGAAGUCCCAAAUUCAAAGCCAAGAAAUAUCUAAAAGAUGUGAAAUUGGAAACGUACGACUUCUUUAUCAUUAUCUCCUCUGAGAGAUUUAAAGAAAACGACAUCAUGCUGGCUAAAGCAAUUAAAGAGAGGAAGAAGAUUUUUUACUUCCUUCGCUCAAAGAUCGACAACGACAUCGCAGCGGAAUCGCAAAGAAAAGACUUUGAUGAGCAAAAUUUGCUUUCACUAAUUCGCCAGGACUGUCAGAGAAACCUUAGGGACCUAGGUGACCCAUAUGUUUUUCUUAUCUCUUCCUUUGAUUUACACAAGUAUGACUUUCAGGCCCUGACAGAUACAUUAGCGAAUCAGUUACUUGAUCACAAGAGAGAUGCUCUGAUUUUGUCCCUGCCAGUUUACUCUUCCAAGAUCCUGGAGGAGAAAAUUAACACAUUUAUGAAGCAGACUCGGUCAGCAGCUGUUGCUUCUGGUUCCAUUGCAGUAGCCCCAGUCCCCGGCCUUUCAAUAGCAUGUGAUGCUGUCAUUUUGCUGGCUUUCUUCACCAAGUGCUACUACGCAUUUGGUCUGGAUGAUGAUUCAGUAGAAAAGCUGUCAAAAAGGGUUAACAAUCCAUUUCUGAAAUCUAUUAGAAAGUCACCACUGGUGGUUGCCAUUGGACAAAAAAAACUAAGCAGCGAUGUGCUAUCAACACUAACCAGUAAGGAAGCAGGCAUCAAAUUUGCAUGGAGCAUGGUGCCUGGUGUAGGCAGUAAAAAAGCAGCUGAAAUGUCUUAUUCUGCAACAUUUGGUCUUCUACGAGCAGGACUUCAAGAACUAGCUGACACAGCCAGACAAAUGUUGAAAGCUGCAGGUGUAGCUGAUGUCUAUUGACAUAAACAACACCCAAAAUAGUUUAAAACAUCCCAUAUUGUUAAUAGUUGCCAUAAAAUUGACACUGUAACCCUCUUUUUGUAUCUACGCUCUUUUAUAGCUGUUUGUGCUUUUAUAAGAUGCUAUAAAUGAUUGUUAAUGAAUUAGCAUUAUGCAAAAUGCCUAUAGAUGUUCAUACUGUUGGAAUCAACUACAUUUAAUUGUUUUACUCCUAUUAGAAUGUUUGUUGUUUUAUGUUUUGUAAACGUUGUCUAUCAGUGUACCUUUUUAAGCAUGAACAACUCCUACUUAAUGCAUUAUCAAGUUUAAAAAUACUUAAAUCCUUACGAAUUGUUAACAUGUUGUUGUUUUUAGUACAAAUGUAUUUAGUUAGAAGCUGAAAACAGUCUACAUUUUCACUGCUGUUCUUCAAAUCUGAUACAAAUGCAUAUUGUUGACACAAGAUUGCAUGAACUUUUUUACUGAGGCCUUGUUGAGAGAAACAAAAUAUAUACAUAAAAAUGUUUUGUUGUUGUGUUUUCUUU